AAUACGUAAGCUGUGGUGUAGUGAUUUUAAACUUCCUUGCAUAUCAAGUAAUGUUGAUGUAGCUUAAAGAGCUAUUUUUAUGAAACAAUGAUUGUAUGAAUAUAAGUGACCAACAUGUCGCUUAUUUUUGUUAUUUUUAUAUGGAUAUGUACGCUUGCUGACGGUACUAAACUGUGCGUACUGUCGCCUAUACAAUGGAUUGAUGCUAUGAAACACUGCCAAUCAUUAGGAGGUUCUCCGUUAAGUCACUAUUAUAUUCCGAAGAGGAUCAUUAGCCAGUUGAAUUUCUCUGCAGUGUGGACAUCUGACUAUGCAGCGUUAAAACCUGCAAUUGGAAACAUCAGACCAUAUUGGUGUCAGUUCAUUACAAUUGCGGCAAAUGGACAGAGUGGCGGUGUUCAGAUCGGGAACUGUACAACAGAGAAACACUACAUGUGCUGUGAACCUGGAAAUAUAGGAAGCAGUUGUAUAAAGAUCGGGACAUGGUACCAAUCAAAGGUCUGCAAAGAGAUACAUUCAUAUGGUGACUUGAACAAUUUAACACAAGGGGACUACUGGCUUACUGUUGCCUAUAGCUUCGAGAAUUUCACUUUUCAAGCACAAUAUCACACGGCUGUGGAAUUGACAUUACCGACUAUGUACAGAUGCGGCAUGUUGGACGUCAAUGGUGUUUUCCAGUUUGUAAACGACUGCAGCAGGGCGCAUUACUCUGUAUGUCAUAUGGAUAACUAUUCUGAGAACGGUUUUGCAGAUUGCAUACAAACGAAAACCACGCCUAAUCCCGACUUUAUGUUAUCAACAACGGAUAAACAGGCAACUAUUGACCCGAAUAACUCAGAUGAACGAGAUUCAAAGUUAGCUAUAGGUUUUGGAGUUGGUGUUCCACUACUUAUAUGUGUACUUGUUGUCACAAUUGUCUUAGCUGUUCACAUGCGAAGAAAUUCACAGUUAACUGGAAUUAAGAACGGCAAAGCAAAUGCUCAUACCGAGAUCAAUGCUACAUAUGGCGUGUCCGACAACAGAGUUGAAUUAUUUGUAUGGAGUGUUGAUGAAACAGCAAAUAUAGGGUUAUAUUCGACAAUCCCAGAAAACAUAUCAAAUCCAGCCGAUUAUGAAGACGUACCUCCCGAAGAGAAUUGUGCCGCAUCUUUUCCACUCGAUUCAGAUGUUGAGAGCAAAACACGUCGGAAGACAAAAAAGGCAGGAAGUACAGCCAGGGAUUAUAUGCAGUUUAGGGAACCUUACCGAACUCUUGCCAGCAAUAAUGAAGUGAGAAGGGUUUAUGUUACCCGCACCGACACAUUUGAGGAUCACGAUAACUGUAACACAGAUGCGAUGGGUGAUGAAUAUGACGGUGUCCAUUCCUUUGCAGCACCGAGUCUAGGCACAUUGAACGUCUAUAGUCACAUAGGUCAUGGAAAGAAUGAUGACCAUUACAACGUCGCUUCGUGUGCCCAUAAACAGCCAGCGGGAAAUAUUGAUGACUAUGAUAAACUAAAGUGAGCGAAGACACAAAUACAUGUAAUCAACACAUAUUUUCACUGUGUUUGAUUUACAACUUAAUAUCGUAUAAAAUCAGUUGCAAUGUGAUCGUCUCUCUGGCAUUGUCAUAUUAUUAUAAGUCGUUUCUUUAAAACAAAUGCGAAUUUUAUACUAUGCCACAUUUAACGUCAUACGUAUACUUAAAAUAUUAGAUCAGCACAUUAAAAAAAAUACCCACACUGGCCUUCAAUGGAUGCAUGUUGUCUCACCAUCGGCAGUAUUGAUCAGCAAACUUUUUUGUAUUGCUUAAUCCGUUUUACUGUAUUGCAAUAUGCGUUUUCCAUUUCGUAUUGCGAUUUACGUUUUACAUAUGGUAUUAUUAUAUGUUUUCUUUUGUUUUUGAACACGAAUCAAAAAGCUUUACGAUCAUAUUUUGUGAUAUUGAAAAUUGUCAUAUUACUUUUAUGAGUUCGAAGAUACAUAUUGGAAGACCAUUAUUGUAGUAAUGUCUGUAUUGAAAAUGAUGGUAAGACGUCAUUUUGUCGGCAGUUGGGUACACCUCUAUCAUCAAAAUGUUGAAACCAUACUACGAUAUACUGCUUAUCUGCGUCAACGAUGUAACCAUAUCUAAAAGUUUUAUAAUGAAACCGAAUCUACUGUAAUGUAAGAAUGUUAAAUAUGUUCCCAUUUUGACAUCUGAACACAUAGUCACAUUUAGUAUUUGCUGAACAUUAAAACAGUUAUAACGUCUGCGUAGGUAUAUAUACCUACCAUCAACAUAUAAUAUUUUCUGAUGACUAUUAGUUUCAUUUAUCCUGUAUAAAUUCAUCCUCAUUGUACGUUUUCUUAACAUUUAUAACGUAAGGUUCACUAUUGUUCAACCAUAAAAAUACUGAUAUAUAAUUAUACUUUUAGUAUUUUGAAGCUUUUGAAAAUAACUGAUUUCUUACAACCCACACUAAACAAUUGUAUUUUUAAUUCACGAACAUCACUUACCAUGACCUAAAUAAGAGACCUACUUUUACUCAUGCCUAGAUGACUUCUAAGUAUGACGUGUCUUGUAACAACGUUGAAUUGAUGCUUUAUAGUUCCUGUCAAUCCACGAGACAUUUUGAUACUUAAUUAAACCCCAGCUACAAGCAAAUACGGCCGAAGUACUGCGGGUUAUGAAGAGACAUUGACAACGAUGGCAUGUUAGGCUUCCGUCAAAAACAUUUCAGGGAUUUCGACGAUUUCAAAGGCGGCGAAACUAUCGAAGAAAUCAAAGGGUAUCUGAGAGUAUUGAAUAAAAACGAAUGCAUGUCCAGAGCAAAGUUUUUAUGAACACUUUGUUAUUAAAGGCAACGACAAAGACCUGGUUCAUUAUUACUGUAGCAGGGAUGAUAUGAGUGAUAAUGACAUCGGCUAAUGCCAUGAAGUUUCAGAGAACGUGACCUUGAAUAAGUAUAGGCAAACAAGAAUCGGAAAUAAUUAUGAUCAUAUGAAAAUGAUUAUAUCGGUGCUACCUCUAUCCCUGAACAGGAGACAUCAUUCCCAAGAUAGUAUUACAGACCGAAAUAGUCAUGAAAAGGACCAAAUCAUUAACUCCCAAAUUUUAGAGAUGUAAUGCCGCACAUUGUUCAGUUAGGCAAAUUAUAACAUGGUGAUGAUUUCUGUGGGUAUUCCAAUGUACUAUGAAGACCAAUAUCAGUUACGUUAAUUACCGUAAAAAGAUAAAACAUACAGACAUAUUUAUUAUUGGUUUAGUUUCGAUGACAUUCUGUCGUCCAUAUUUGUUGGUAAUUAUAAUUGAUCAUGCCGGUUAAAUUAGUUCAGUGUCUAAUGAAAAGCGCCUUUUGUACGAGUAUUACUGCUACCGCUUCAACUCAACUUAGCUCAGUUUAUUCAGUUAAUAAAGGCCGUCGGCCCCAAAAUACA